AUGUAUUGGAGUGAAUUUGAUGGAAUUACUGGAUCAAUUCAUAAAGCAUCUAUGAACGGUGAAGGCAAACAUUGUUUGAUAAAUAAAAUUGGUAGAGUUGUAAGCAUUACUUCAGAUUAUGAAAAUGGUCUGCUUUAUUGGACAACAUUGACACCAAAUAGUGGAUCCAUCGAAAGUAUUGAUUUUAACGGAAGACGUCAAAGUAAAAUUGUCUCUAUUCCUUUUGGUAGUUUUCCAUCUGCAAUAACAUAUUACAGGGGGUCCUUGUACUGGUUGGAUUGGUCAAAUGGAACUUAUUUCCAAGUCGAUAUUCAAAGUGGAACAAUUUUAAAGCAAACUAAAAUAAAUUUAGAUCAUGUUACGGAUUUGAUAACAUUUGAUAAAUUAAGUCAAACCGGAACAAAUCCAUGCGCUAUAAAUAAUGGAGGAUGCCAACAAUUGUGUCUUGUAAAAGGAUCAACAAAAGAUCAUGAACCUUUGCCAUAUCACUGUUCAUGUGAAACACAUUUCACAUUGUUUAAAAAUAACACUUGCUCUGCACCAAAUAGUUUUUUGAUUGUGGCACAGAAAACAACAUUUUACAGAGUGGUAAUGGAUAUAGACGAUUCUUCUGAUUCCUCUCUGCCUGUCAUAGGAUUGAAACAUGUUAAGGCAGUUGAAUAUGAUCCAAUAUCACACAUGAUUUAUUGGAUUGAUGGUAGAACACAAAUGAUUAAACGUUGUCACGAGAAUGGUUCAAACCCGAAUAUGUUUAUUGGAAACAAUGGCGAUACAUAUAAUUUAUAUGAUCUCGCUUUGGAUCCAUAUAACAGAUUAUUGUUUUGGACUUGUACUGUAACGGAUACUAUCAACGUAACUCGUUUAACUAAUAGCAGCUUUCAAGGAUCUGUAUUUAAAAGUUUUGAUGGGGAAAAACCAAGAAAUUUGGCAAUACAUCCUGAGAAAGGGUAUAUUUAUUGGACUGAUUUGGGAAGUCAACACAGAGUAAUAAGAUCUCGUAUUGAUGGUCAUAAUAGAGUUAUCAUCGCCUCCGAUUUGUUAUCUCUCGAAGCACUUACUGUUGACAGGGUACAAAAUAUGGUUUAUUUUUCGUAUUCAAGUAAAGUAGAUGUUUGUGAUCUUCAUGGUUAUCAAAGGAAAACAUUGAUUUCAUUUGAUGGUGCACUAAUCACUAAUUUAGCUGUUCUUGGACCAUAUUUGUAUUGGAUUGAUAAAGAAAAACAAGCAAUAGAAAGAGUUAAUAAAUCCACUGGUUAUGUUACUGAAGGAGGCGCUGUCAUGAAUCAAACUCCUCAUUUAAUUGACAUAAUUGCUAUAUAUAUUCCUACUCCAGAGAUUUUAGCAUCGCAUCCUUGUAGUGCAAUGAACAAGCAUGGUCAGUGUUCACACUUGUGCAUUGUCACUGGAGUCAAUGAGAGUACAUCCAACAGCCAUCAAUGCUCUUGUCCCCUGGGACUCAUAAUGAGUGACCGCGAAUGUGUGAAUGUACCAGUUUGUGGCCCCGAACAAUUUAUAUGCAAUUCACUGAGUGCAGAAUGUAUGCCGUUGAUAUGGCGCUGUGAUGGCCAAACAGACUGUCAUGAUGGUUCAGAUGAAGUUAAUUGUGCAGAGUGUAAUAGACAUCAAUUCAAAUGUUUAGAUGGCCAUUGUAUAGAUAGAAACUGGGUGUGUGAUGGUACUAAACAGUGUUCUGAUGGUUCAGACGAAUCUCGGUGCUGUGAAUCCGGAUUGCUUUCAAACGAUAGAUAUCAAUGCAUUUCUAAUGGUGCAUGCAUACCGGUCAAGGAAGUGUGUGAUGGUUGGAAACAUUGUAUAGAUGGAUCUGAUGAAACUUAUUUGGCUUGUUCGUUGAUUAGAAAUGUGGGCCAUACCACAAGCGCCAAUAGCGAUAAAUCAUUCAAAGGCACAUUGUUUUUCACAAUAAUUUUCUUUGUAACUGUAUUCAGUUUGUUGUUGGUCAUUAUAUAUCGUUGUGCUAAAAGCGAUCUAGAUCAUACUCCAAGUCUGACUAGCAAUAAUAUUGUUACAUACACUACUAUACCUAUUCCCAGACAAUAUUCUUCAACAUCUGCUUAUACAGCUAUGCAAAAUGGAACACACAUUGACUUGAUCUCGCCAUCAAACUGUAGCCCCCUUAAUCCACCGCCGAGUCCUACAACCACACUAACGAUGCAGACAAAUGAUUACAUCCGAGCAAAUCAAUACUUGCGUUAUGAUGAGCGUUACGAACCUCCUUGCCCCACAUUGUGUUCACAAACUGAUUUGCCCAACGAUAUGUAUGAUGAUUCAGAUUUUGCAUUACCUCUUGAACCCUGUCCUCCGCCCCCUACUCCUCUAUCACAUUCGCCAUCUUCAAGCACUUAUUUUAGCCCAAAUGCACCACCCCCGUCGCCUAAUAGCUGUAAAAGGCUUUGUUAA